AUGGAGAAAUUCUAUUUAGACACGACAUCUUCACCUACUACAGAUAUUCCUCGGGGAGAAGAGGUUUUCAACUUCACACAACCACAGGAGGAUAAUUACACAAGCACAACUCCUCCACCCGGAACAUGUAUAGUAUUCACGACAGUACAACCCGAAGACUUUAAUUCAACUUCGGAGGAAUUCAAUAUAACGACAGGUGAAUUCAACACGGCGUUGGAGUACAACACAACUGUGGAACUGAUAUCAAGCACGGAGAAAUUAACGACGGUGGAGGAAACGACAACAACUUCUGAAGAGACAACGACAGAAUCUACAACGAAAUCAACAACAACCGAAAUGUUAACAACAGCGAUCGACGAGACCACAACUAGAAGGAAAGCAAGCGGUGGAAAUCCGGUAAAAGAAGCACCAAAACGAAUGACACACGAAGAAUAUUUAAUAUUUUGCGCGGAAAAUCCGACGGAAUGUGCACUUGGUGAGGAUCACAAUCACCAAUACCCAGAUUUGUCCAACAGAAUUCGAGCACGAAGAAGUGCUGUAAGCCGUGGUCCGCAAAUACCAAUUAGUAAGAGACUGGUCAGAACACGCAAUUAA